GUACACAUGUUGCUUUACACUCAUGGGCAUCCUCUUAGUGCAAUACGAUACGUUACCCUUAUCAAACACACCUGUGCUCCUGCCUGAAACUAGAAAAUAUCAGUCAUCUACUUCAGCCGAUUCUCAAAAGACCGAAUGUAGACAAAAGUUCUAGUGUCUGUGAUCUGGCUGCUGGAAACGGUCAUCAAAGUCUUUCCGUUCCAUGGUUUUUGGGCUGGUGCUACUCAGCACGGAUCUAACCUAUCUUGGGUUGUUGCAGUCAGCAUUGGUUGGCAACAGUCAGUUCCUGACCCUCUCUGUUGUCACUAACCCACGGUUUCUUCUACUGGAGAAUUUGGGCUGUGAGGAAAUCAAUGAUCGUUCCUGUGUUGGUUAUUAUGUUUGCAAUGGUGACUUACGGGUGUGCAGUGGGAAAGUUUCGUCUAUCUCAUGUGCUCGUCCUGAAACGACUCCAGUAUGGCUUGGUUCCUGACACAAAUGUUGACCACCACAUGACAUUUGAAGCUUGAAGUCCCAGU